AUGGUGGAAGCUGUCGCUGGUCCGCCAACUCCACUCAGGAAGACACCUCGUGUGCUGGCUCAUGACGAGAAUGGUCAAGCUGAAGCCUCCCCAGUUAUUUUUCAAACUCCCGGUCCCUCGCCUUUCUCUGUGCCUGAUUCCGCAGGUGUUCCUUCUACUCGACAGUCGAAACGAGUCAACUUCUCACCGUUCCCGAGCCAUGUCAUCCCGCCAUCAGUCACCAGUAUUGCGAUGAAUUCGAAAUCAGAUCUGAAGACAUUAACGCCGUCGAAUGAACGCAAGCCCUCAAAGUCCAUCCUCAAGUCGACAAACACUCCGGUUCCCGUGAACACUGCCGAAAGCGAACCCGUAACCCCCGGAAAUUUCGUCAUGCUGCUACACUCGAUUGCGGAACAACUUGGGGGGGACUCUACAACUGCGAAGCUCGAUGCUUACAUGCAUUUUUUUGGGGUGCUGAGGACAUACGAAGGGGUACCGACCCUGCAAGAAGUAUCGGACAAACUGGGUGUGAUUACAGACUACAUGCGGAAGGAUGUCACCAGAGAUCUCGAGAAUGCGGAACCAGUGGACAUCAAUCUCGUGUGUCAGGCCCUGAAACUCUCUGCUGCUCUGAUUUGGCACGCCGAGAUAUCCCGGCAGCUGUCAGAUGACUUCCGGGUUUUUCUGGUCGAUCACUCCAUCGACAGGCUUCACGAUGCCAAGGUACCCAAGUCUGUGUUGAUACAUUGCAUGUCUAUCCUGUCCGGUCAGAAUUUUGGGCCGAAGAUUAUGAAUAAUGCACGCCUGGCACGUCUGCUCAAUGGGCUACGCGAUAUCAGCGACAGGGUGAACGGGAAUGGUAUUAUCUCGCAGCGGUUGUGCAUCUAUCAUCGUCUCCUCGAACAAUUCAGAUCGUUCUUUAUUUCUCAAGCAGCCCUAUGGAUGGAACAUCUUAUUUCAGGCCUGCUUCACCCCGUCAAAGACACGAGGAUCAAAUCGAUCUCACUCGGUUCGCAGUUAUCCAAGAUUGCUGGGCCUAAUGCAACCCUAUCCAAGACUAUUCGUGAUAUUUUCGACAAGCCGCUGGGCAAGAGCAAAAAGCUGGUGUCUGAGAUCUGUGAAAGAAUGUCACGGAUGAUGGCAUCUGCCGACACCAACUCACAUGUUCCUCAAAUCUGGACCGUCAUUGUUUCCCUUCUGAGAUGCAGAUCGUUGAACAUUGACCAAUGGGAGCAUUUCAGAGAAUGGGUUCUCGUUCUGCAGAAGUGUUUCAAUUGCAGCGAUGCGGCAAUUAAAGCCCAGGCUAUACUUGGGUGGAACCGGUUCGUCGUCGUCGUCGGCCCUAAUGAAACGACCAACCCAUCAGUGAUUAAAAUGCUGAGCAAACCCAUCUUCUCCCAAUUUGAACGAAAGAAGCAGGAGAAAAACGGGGCAUAUCCGAACCAACUGGCCGUCUCUAGUUACUUCAACCUUCUAUACUUUUCCUUCCAUCCAACCGCCACUCACCCAUUCCUUGACACAGUAUGGCAGGAAUAUGUUUCUUCUCCUUCCGCCACUAUAUUCGCCUCGAAUCCGACGCUAAGCAACCAUGUCGCACAUGCUCUGUCAUAUAUGCUGUGGAGCUCGCAUACAAAGGUUUGGACAGAAGCCACGAUAAGUCAAUGCACCAAGUUCGACCCCAGCUUCUUGCCGGCACUCGAGUGUAAAUGGACCAGGUCGCGUAUCACAUCUGUUAUCGGAGUAUUCGAGAAUCUUUUCAAGUCAGCGCCUUGGACAGAUGGGCGGCCCGAGCAAUCAUAUAUCGCCAGUGCUUGGGGCAGCCUUUCGAACGCCUUGUCCUAUGCUUCGAGCAAAGAAAUCACACCAACGCCCGAGUCGAUGCAAGCUGUUGCCGCAGUGCUUGGGCUUCUUCAACGCCUAUGGAAGUCUGGGCCGUCGUCACUCGACGCAACCGGUAACUACGAUGCCUUUUUCGAGCGAUUCCGUUUUUUGUCCGCUAAGGUCAUCUCGGAUCUUGGAAGCAUUCUGUUUACCGAGAAACUUCUUUUGAAGACAGCCGAUGAAACAUUCCAAACUGCCACUACACCUACACACCGUGGCCAACAGGGUGAUUCAAACCUGAACACUCCUAUUAUGCAUUUUAUGCGCCUUAUCAGCGACGUCUCCAGUAUCAAAGAGCCAACCGAGUCUUAUUUGGACUUGGUCAAUGGCACGCUCGAGGCCUUCUGUAACGGAAAAGAGACUAGGGGCUCACGCUUGGAUCUUCUAUGUCACUGUGUGGACUUACAUCCUAGCGAAACCAAUUCUCAUUCUGGUCAGCAUAAUCUUGACCAGACCGUCUGGGAAUGCACGGCACAAUUUGCUAUGGAUGCCUUGAGCCGUUUGAAAGAGUCUAACCGUGCCCCUUCACCUCGCGACUACGAAAACGUCGUCAAGAUCCUUUCCGCAGGUCUGAAGUUUGCCGAUAUUUCCCAAUUUUGGGGUCAACUUCUUGACUCCUUUGCCCAUGCUACGAGGACUGAAAAGGACGGCCAGGCAAUUGUAACGAUGGUACUCGAGCCAGUUGCUGAGGCUGCCACGCAUUUCCACGACAAACUCGUUUAUACGCCCUCCAUUUCGCUCUUAUUACUUCUUUUAUCCGUGUCGUGUGGACGCCCGGAUGUCACGAAGUUCGACGGAAGCAAUGGACUGUAUCUUCCGGAGAAGCUGCAAACACUGAUACACAAAACACUUAAAGAGUCAUACGGGGGCUUUGAUCCAGCGAACAGUGGAGGGGCUGCGGGCUUUAUCGAAUCUCUUGCGUCUUUCUUGGAGUCCGGGGAUUUGGAUUUCCGGUCCAUGGUACUUGAAAAGUUUCAGGGACCGCUUGUCCAGUGGUUAAAGGACGAAGGGCGCAAAUUAGAUGCCGAAUCUGACGUUGGUAGUAGGCAUUUGGUUGCUUGUCGCGUGCUUUCCUCUACUGUUUUGAAUAUCAUUCAAAUGUCCCAAUCCACCAACCCCCCGUGUCUGCAAAAGUUUGAGCCUAUUAUUUGCGGAGGGCUAGAAUCGUUUCAUAUGUCGAUAUCAAAGCGGUUCGUUGACAUGCUAAACACCAUGUCGAAAUCGGACGGAUCACUAGUCUACAGCGAGUCUAUAUCGCGCGCAUCGCAGAAAUGGCGGUCGGACAAUCAGAAUCAGCCACCAUCCUCCUCGCCGUUGGUCAAUGGCUUACAGGUUUGUUCUCGGGAAGGUCUAUUGCAUUUGUUUGCCAUGCUAAAUUGUUCGAAGAUCAAUGCCCACCCCAACGCGGCUGAUGACGAUUUGGCCUCCAUUUCACCCAAACCACAUCAGACCUCUGAGAAUCCGGCGGUGACUUCGCAUGAUUCAUCUCCAGUUGUCAAGGUGGACGAUGCUGCAACGGACCAAUUCCAAUUGCCAGAGCAACGACAGACAGACGAACUUGUUUUCAUGCAAGGCACCUUGCCGCUCUCAGCUGCAACUGCAUCACGCAAGAAGCGCGAGGAGCUCUUUUCGAUGAUUGAGAAUCUCCGGUCAUCCUCCCCUGCCAUCACGCCAAAAGAGCUUGGAUUCAUGACUCCUCCGCACCUGCGCAACUUCCGCAAUGCUGGUCGCGAUGCUGAGCCUCCGUUAACACCUACUCUCCCGGUUGUCGCAGGUGAAAACGAAGACGUCUUCCUUGGCUCAUCCCCAACGCCUGGUAUCAGGAACCGACCGCAGUCUUCUCAGUCAAGACUCGCCUCAUCCCAAAGGGGGAAGACACCCGAUACUCAUCCUAAUACAGAUCCCCCAUCUUCUCCUCCCACGAUCAAGUCGCCGCGUCCAGACCGCCAAGAAUUGCAAGUCCCUGCUGAACAGGAUAACACGAUGAGUGAACAGACGAGUUCUCGCAAGUCUCCAAAGAAGAAAUCCAAGAAAGACCGCUCAAAUGCCAAUCCCUCGAAAGAAAAGCCUGUGACCAAACGAUUGCGCUCUUCGAAGAAGUCUACUCCGAGUAAGAAAUCUUCCAAAAGAACAGAAUCAAGCAUGCGAUCCGAAGAAGCCGGCAAAUCGAUCUCAUUAGGAACUCCCAACAAACAGCCUGGCACAGGGAACGUGAGCAACACCAUUGCGGAUUCAUUCAACGAGGAUGUCAACGAAGACGUGGAAUCACAAGUUGCGUCUCAACUUGAGCUAGAUUUGGAGCAUGCCGCGGAUCAUGAAGGGAAUUUAAAGGAUGAAUCAGCAGAGCUCCCUAACAGCUUCCCCAUGACGAAGAAGAGGAAACGUGGUGUUGAAGACGUCCAAACUCCGCCUAGGUCAGAGAAACGCCGCUCGAACCGUCUUACUUCUUCACAGCCAGCUGCUACGGAUAUCAUUCCGGAACCGAGAAGCACGCGCUCGACAAGGUCUUCGGCUCCUGUUUCUCAGCAGAAUGAUACGAGUCCAAGAUCAUCACCGGCUCAAUCUGCUGGCAAGAGAAGAAAGGGGCAAAAUACUGUUGAUGCCAAGGAGUCAACUGAACAAACAACAGCAGAACCAGAGCAGGUCGCAGAUCACACCUUGGAGGAUGACUCUCAUAUUCCGGAAUCCUCUCAAAAUCGGAGAAGAUCGACUCGCCUUGGCACCAUUCCUGAGCAACUCGCCGCAGAGGAAAGUCUUCGAAAGAACUCCCGAAACGCCAGACGCGCUCGUUUGCGGCAGGCCAACAAAGAGAAUCGCCAGAAGGAUCUGGAGGCCCGUCAGGAGACUCAGGAGACUAGUCAAGAGACCAGUCAGGAUGUGAGCCAGGUUCCGGACUCACACCCGCAGGAAGAACAACUCGUUGCGGAGAACGUCGCUUCUCAGAAGGCUCUCAGCCAGGAAAGAGAGAAAGAACCAGACGUUCCGGCCGAGCAGAAAGAAGUCAAGGAACCUUUGAAGCCCACUUCCCCAGAGCAGCCCGCUGAAAUCCAAGGAAAUGUCGAGAUGGACCAGCCUGAGGUACAACCUGAGCAACCCACUACAGAGCCUGAUGUCGAAAUGGAAGACGCAGUAAUGGUUCCUGAGGUCAACACUGCUGCACCGGCUCAGGAAGAGCCCGCCAUUGCACACGCUCCACAAACUGAACAGCCCGCCGAGGCACCCACUGAGAAGGACGCAGCCGCCUCUCAAUCAGGAAUCAUCCGCUCAUUUGAGCAGUCACUGAACGAUCUCAAGUCCGCCACCCUGGACGAGAACAGUCUCCGGCAACUCGACGAACUUUUAUUCAAGAUUCGAGUUGAAGCACAUGAUGCGUUCCGGAGAAAUACUGGUUAA